AUGCCUACGCUGUCGUUGGUGAACUUCAACAUCGUCUGCGCCACGUUGGGCGGCUUCAUCUCCAUCUUCGGACUGGUGUCGUACCUCCUCAAGGAGCGCUUCUACCUGUCCGAAGCCUCCAUCAGCACAGUCGCGGGCCUAAUCUUCAGCCCUCACGCGCUGAAUUGGAUCAGACCGCUCGAGUAUGCGAGGAAUAGCGAGGAAGAUUUAGAGACCAUCACACUCUACUUCACACGACUGGUCUUGGGCGUGCAGCUCGUUUUGGCGGGCGUGCAGUUGCCCAGCAAAUAUCUAUGGAUGGAACGGAAGAGCCUAGCGAUACUCAUUGGACCUGGUAUGUGCUUGAUGUGGUUGACAACGUCUCUGCUUGUGUGGGCUCUCGUACCACAUAUCAAUUUUGUGGCUGCCAUUUCCGUGGGAGCGUGUGUGACGCCCACAGAUCCCAUUCUCAGCAACAGCAUCGUAAAAGGCAAGUUUGCCGAUAAGAAUAUUCCUGGUCCUCUGCAGAAGAUCAUCAUCGCCGAGUCUGGCGCCAACGAUGGUCUCGGCUAUCCCUUCCUCUUCCUCGGCCUGUAUUUGCUCAAGUAUGCCGGAGAAGGUGGUGCCGGCCAGCAUGGGGGUGUCAGCCAUGCCAUGGCCUUGUGGUUUGGAGAGACGUGGGCUUACGAGAUCCUCUUGAGCGUCGUCUACGGUGCCACCGUGGGCUGGAUCGCGAAGGAGCUGUUGCACUGGGCAGAGGAGCAUCGCUAUGUAGAUCGAGAGUCGUUCUUGGUCUUUGCCAUUACGCUUGCGCUUUUCAUCGUAGGUACGGUCGGCAUGUUUGGAUCGGACGACGUGCUCGCCUGCUUUAUUGCUGGCAACGUGUUUACUUGGGAUGAUUGGUUCCGGCUUGAGACCAAGGAUGACUCUCUACAACCUACUAUUGACAUGCUUCUUAACGUGGCCGUCUUCAUAUGGUUCGGAGCGAUCUGUCCCUGGCAUAGCUUUGUGGACAACGACGUGAUCCCAAUCUAUCGUCUGAUCCCCCUGGGAAUCCUGGUGCUCCUACUGCGGCGACUUCCCAUGAUAUGGCUGUUUCGUUCACAGAUACAUCAACUGGAAGACUGGAAACAGACUACUUUCACUGGCUGGUUUGGACCAAUCGGAGUAUCGGCCAUUUUCUACUUGUACGUUUCGAGGGAGUUCCUCCGGCAGAUCUCCGUCGAUGAUGUCGAGCGCAAUGAUGCCGCACAUCUCGCGGAGACCAUGAACGUGGUGGUCUGGUUUCUGUGUAUCUGCUCGGUGGUGUGCCAUGGACUCUCUGUGCCACUGGGCAAGCUCGGGUUCCACCUUCCCAGGACCAUUUCAAGAGCGUUGUCAUCGGAAACACCCUCUUUGAUCCCGAGCAGAUCUCGACCUAGGAACACGCAAUCAAACGUUUCCGAGCCUCGAGCAGCUUCGUCUAGUCCACCGCGACCUAUCAAUUAUCCAUCAGGAGUGUCAACCCCAAGGCCCGCUAUAACACAGCGCAGCAUCAGAUUUCCGGAUGAAAAUGCUGAUGGGCCAAAUUGA